GUUGCUUCUGUGUGGGGUUUUUGUGGUCAGCAUGUAUCUUGGAUGAACGUCUCAGCAUUGAUAUGCCUGGUCUGGACUAUCAGCAGCACCUGGUGCUGGUGGGAACGAGGCUGCAGGGAAAGAAGCUUCUAGAAGACUUGGGAGAGGAGCAUGAGGGAGGUGUAUCUUGGCUGCUGGUGCAGCAGAAUCAAUCUGCGAUGGAUUGAUGUCCAGCUCAGUCAAUAGGAUUACAAGUCUCUUCCCCUGGUGGCUCGGACUGGUUCUCGUUCCAAGCGUGAGGCGGGGCUUGCGCUCAAACCGGCGGCGCAUGGAGGCCGUGUUGGGGCAGGUGGCGGAGCUGCCGGCGUUGCUCGCCGUGUCCCGCUCCAACCUGGUGCGGGACUGGGACCCCCCGACCUUGGACAGGGCUCUGGAGUGGACUCGCUACUUCCAGCACCUCCACGACCGCUUCCGAGGCCGGCCCCGGCUCCGGGACGCCUUGGGGCGGCGGUUGCGGCGGGGUCAGACGGGCAGCCCGCUUUCCUUCCGCCACUUGGGCGGCUGCUCGGAGCUGCUGGGCCUGGCUCUGCUGGAGAAUCGCUCUUUGCCGCCCGCCGCCUGCAGCCGCCUCCUCCAGCGCCUUCUGCAGGGGGAGGCUGACCCCGAGCCGGUCCGCCUGGCGCUGUGUGCCCGUAGGAAGGCCGCCUCCUGCCUUCUGGAGGGCUUAUCGCCGUCCUCGUGUCCGCGAGUGCGCACGGAAGCGGAGCUGCUGUUGUGCCGGCUGAGGGAGGACGGGCUGGAGGCUGGGGAGACCCUCAGCUGGCUUGGCCCUGUCCUGGAGCAGCUCCCCCAGCCCCGGGCUUUUGCUGUGGUGACGGAGGCCCUGUUACGGCAGGAGGGUGGAGCAGAAGCUGGAAGCGUUGCCGACCCCCUGCUUUCUUGGCUCAUGGACGAUAUUCACCGGUUUUCUGCCUGUUGUCUGCUCCUCCCGGGCUCUGUUCUCGCCAUGCUGGCCGAUCGCUAUGCCCAAUUAUGCAGGCGUUAUUUGGAUGUGUUAGCUGAGUGGGGAAGUCACUUUCUGUAUGACCCGCUGCAAGGGCGGUGGGUUAAAAGUAGUCCUGAGGAAGCUAAAUUAAGUUGGGAGGAGCUUAGGGAGCGUUUUGGCUGCCUCUGUCAGGGAUCUGUGCAACUCAGGGAGCAAACCCAAGCUGCUCUGAAGCUCCUGAAGGCCCGAGAUGGAGACUUUGAAGUCUGUGGCCUAAGUGUGUGGACUGACUUGCUGCUGGAAGUGGAGAAAGACUUGAGGAAGAAGCAGAGCCCAAAAGUGUGAACACCAAAGCAACACAAAAAUCUUAUGAAAUCCAGCAAAUCUGACUUUUGCUUUGUUUAUUUGAUAGACAAGACAACUGUACCUUGCUUUGGGUUGAAAACUAAGCACUGCUAGGGCUACUGAUCUCAGUGUUUCUGAUUGCACUUGAACUCUUGGGAAGGCCUGUUACUUCCUUGCAUCUGUACUGUUGAUUCUCUUGGUGACUGGCAAGAAAAGUCUUCCUUUACAAUGCCUAUUGCUCAGCUAAUAAAAUGAAGAGUGUGGUGUUUUUCUCUAAUGUAUUGUUCUUAAAAAUAAGCUUUCUUACUGGCUAUGAAUUAGAGCUAUGUUAUGGUCCCGGUAGUUCUGUUGUUUUUGUUGUUCAAAGGGAAUGGUGGAGAUUCAAACCUGGAAAUCCCAAAGGCAGGGUUCAUUUAGUAGCCAUUACCUUCAUUGUACAGUCAGUUAUGUUGGCUUUUUCUGAUCUUGUCUGCAAAUUAGCCUCUGGGCCUCAAGUAAAGGCAAGCAAGAGAAAAACUUGCAAGCUUUAUUAGUUACUGUAUUAUAUACUAAUAUGCCAAUAUUAAACAUGUUAAAUUUAAAUGUUUAUUAAAACAGCAUUAAAAUGAA